AGAAAGAAGAAGAAGAUGACAACUUCAUUGUUGACAACAGGAUUGUUUAAGAGUCGUGUCAGUUCAGUACUCAAUAAGAACUCAAAGGAGUAUGGCAAGGACAAUAUGUUUGAUGAUAAGGAUGACACCUGUUGGAACUCACAUCAAGGAACUCCUCAAUCAUGUUCCAUUCAAUUCCUUGACUCUUCCGACAACACCAAAGAGUCAUCAGUCAACAUCACCGCUCUAUCAAUCUGUUUCCAAGAGGAUUGUGAAGUACAUGCAAUGAUGGGAGAUAGCCAGGAGUUCACUCUGGUAUCAAAGUUCUAUCCAGAGGACAUUAACAUUGUACAGGUGUUCCCACUUGAUAUCAAGAUGGCAAGACAAAUCAAGAUUGUAUUCAAAGAGAGCACUGACUUCUUCGGUCGUAUCACCAUUUACAAGAUGGAUGUCAUUGGU